AUGAAUAGCAAAAAAAAAAAAUCGAUUACGUCUCAGGGUCAAAUGUUUGCACAUGAAGAAGAAACGCCGAAAUCGUGUUGCGGGGUUGUCGUUACGCAAACAGUUUCAAUUCGUUGGUUUAUUGUUAUGAUAUCGUUUGUUGGAAUUUGUUGCGUGAUUGUUGGUACAGUUUUAGGAGCCAUGAAAGCAAGCGGUAGAGAACAUUUAACAGUAUCGCUUUUAAUGAUAGGUGUUGGUAUCGUUCUUGUAACUGUUAGCGUUGUGGCGUGGCGUUUAACGUCACAGGAUGCUUCUUCGUGUCGAUCCAUGCUCGGUUUGGGUGGCGGUGACGAUUCGUCAAACGAACCGAAUCAAAGAUUCGUUCCGAGAAUGCCACCAAGUUACGGAAGGCCGCAUCAUCCCUAUGCUGCGAUGAUGUAUCCGGAAUUUCAAUACAGGCCACCUCCUCCGUCAUAUCAGGCCAGCAUGCAAGAAUAUAGAUUAAGAUUAUUAUUAUUGGAAAGGCCAAACGAUACCGGAAAUGGAUUGCAAGCAACGAUGUCGCCACCUCCAACUUAUAGAUCUCAAGCAGGAAGCACGUUAGGGUUGAGAAGUUUGCCACAAUCUGAAUAUAGUCAUCCUCCAAGUUACCGAAGUCGUACGAGUUCGACAAGGCCAACAUUAGAUCCGAACGGGGAACCAUUAAGUUCAGUUAAUCACAGUAAUCCUGUUGAUUUGCAUCGGGGCGAUACGGAUUUACAAAUAGACAGUAUAAAAUUAGGAGUUAACGAAGAAGUGCCCAUUCCUCCUCUUCGAAUGCUUUUGAACAAGGGUAAAAGGUCACCGACAACGUCAUCGGAUGAUACAAAAUCUGAUAAUGUUAAUUUAGUUACGAUAGUUACUGUGUCUGAUAAUAAUAACGCAACGCCAAAUAGAGACCAUUCCGUUGAAAACUAA